AUGCUGACGCUUAUGAAAGCAGUCAGCUUCUCGACUCCUGUCAUGAGAAGGGUGGCCACGACGACACCGAUCAAAGUGAUGACUCCAAAGAGGAAGAAGAGGAGGAAGAGGAACAGGGUGGAGCGAAAAAGGUUUUUCUUUCAAAAAAAUUUAUGUACAUUAUUCUUCCUGGAAUUU